AUGGAGGUCAUGGACAACACGGCUCUGUCGUCGCAGACAGAACAGGCCCCGAUGUCGAAAGAUUCCGCUACACGCCUGACCACAGAUUCACCUGCUGCGGUUCUGCUUCAGCCUGGACAUCAUCACGUAGUGCAGCUGCAGCGUUCAGGCUCCUAUGGCAGCGGUUCUCCCAAGUCGAGCGAGGCGAGCGAAGAGUCCAGUGAAGAUGACGAUGACGCUUCCAGCACUGAGGAAAGCGAGGACGAUGAUCAUGGGAGCGACGAGGAGAUCAUCGAAGCCGAGGAGUACGAGGAAGGCGGUUGGAGCGAUGAAGAGGACGAAGAAACACGCAAGGUCAGAGAGCUCAAGAAGAAACUGCACGGCUCAGAUGUUUUGUUCAAGGCGCCCAAGCUGAGCCUGCGAGACGGAGGAGCGAACGCCACAGCAGCGCCCUCCCCGGCCAAGAAGUCGGCCCUCCCGCGCCAUCUCCAGACCCUGCACUUCAGGCGAGAGAAGUCCAACUCCACCAGCUCCCUCUAUGUAAAUAGCACCAUCAGCGCGCCCAACCUCGACCAAGUGCUUUGGUGGUACGUACAUCGCGCAGACAGCACUCGCUCUUAUCUACCGACGCGGCUCAGCUCAUCAGCCUCACGUUUCUGCUUCUCACCUCGAUCUACGCAGUAUGGCGACGGCGAUCUGGUACCACUCCACCGCAGGCCAAGACGCCACCCCCGUUUUGUUCGAAAUCUUUGA